AUGAGACGAGUAGCCUCACUGUCUGGAGCUUCCCUACGAGCCAGCAUCUUCAGCCUUAGACGUUUUCAACGCCUUCGUAAGGUAAUUCAAGAUGUCAAAAACCAACUCACCGCCAAACAAGUAUCAAACCGUGACGAGGCCUUUGGAAAAGUACGUACUGCCCUCCAAUCCGACGAUUACUGGACGGCUGCUUUAGAAAUGUCGCGAUUCGAGAAAUUGUACGGGCACGUGAACAACGCGGAAAUGGCCUGGUUAGUAAAUUAUCAACAGCACAUUCACGAAAACAUCAAGGAGCACGCUAGAGCCGCAGUCGUUGUGUCGAAGGAGCAAGCUCGUAAUGAUUUCCGUGACUGGUUGAAUCUCGGAAUUCCUGUCGAAGUCGUAGCUGCACAAAGCAGUACAUCGUUCCAAAACUCGGCCAAGAUUCAAACGCACUUACUGAGAAUCAAGGCUUGGACUCGUCGAGCAGGAUGCUUGUCCGUGAUCAUCGAGAAAGGAAAACAAGCGAAGGCGCGUGCCACUGCAAGGAAAAAGCAUUUUGAGAAAAGAAUCUUGAACAUCAUCUCCUCCCUCAACACCAACAUUGCCAAUAUCAAAACAGACAUUGCUGGCCUCAAAACCGAUGUCGCAGGCCUCAAAACCAAUGUUGCAGGUCUCAAAACCAAUGUUGCGGGCCUCAAAACUGAUCUUGCGGGCAUCACUGACCUGAAAACCAAUGUCUCCGGCAUGAAGGGCUCGGUCAAGCGCAGUGAGACAAUCAUGUCAAGAGCGGGUGCAAUAUUUUUGAAAGUCAACAAGCCACUCAACACAUCGGCUGCGCAAGAAAGCAACAAGAAGCCAGUCACCAAAACCUCUCAGAGACAAAUGUCAAACAGAGAUUGA